GGUUCCUCUAAUGUCGGUUUUACCGAAACCACCAUCUCUCUGAUUCUCACGCAGUCCCUCCCUCUCUCUUAUAAGUUCAUGGCUGACUCCUCCUUCUUGAAGGAACCAACUUCUUCGUCUCCCUUCCAGAGAUGGUUGAUUCAUCUCACAGAAACUCUUUGAACACUCUAAAAUGGUGGCUGCCCUCAUCGGUCUUGCGGCUGUGAGAUGAAAUAAACACCUUUGGGCUUCUAUCCCUUUGUUGGUACUCCAAAAACCGCACCUUCUCUGUAGAAGAAUGGUGGUUUUUGGGUUCUGAGCCAGAUUCUUUCGGGAAGCAAUAUCCGAGGUGUCACCACUGUGAGUCCUCACGGUGGUUUCCUCGUCGUGGUUGUGUGAUGGCUUUCCACUGAUUCGGUUUUUAUUUCUUCUGUGGUUUCUUUUGGUGAGGGAGAUAGGAAGGCUAGGGAGAGAGAGAGAGAGACUGAUGUUGAGGAAGAGGUCCAGGGGAGUUGGUACUAAGGCCACUGUGGUGUGUGAGAAUGCGUAUUCUGGUACCCUGCUGUCUAAUAGAUUGUUCAUAGGCUUUAGCACCAAGGGGAUUCAUGAGGGUGAGUCCAUAAUGAGCCCAACUUCCAUUCUUGAUAGCAAGCCAUUUUCUGGCUUUGGGAACUACUUCUGGUCUGACAAGAGAUCUAAGUCACCUGAUUCAGUUAGUGAGUGUAAGCACCACCCAUGGGUUGGGCUUGGUCUGGUUGAUGCAUUGGACAAUGGGAACGGGGUGGAGAAUGGGCUGUGUAAGCCAGAGAACAAGAUGGUUCUCUUUGGUUCACAGCUCAGGAUUCAGAUCCCCCCUCGAACGGAGUCCCCCGUUCCGGCGCUGGUCCCGGUGAAUUUCGGGUUGCCGGAGCCGUUUACAGGGCGCCUGACGCCGAGGGAGAUGGAGCUCUCGGAAGACUAUACCUGUGUCAUCACGCACGGGCCGAACCCGAGGACCACUCAUAUCUAUGGCGACCGAAUCGUUGAGAGCUCCUCUGCAGAGUUUCCUGCUAGCAGGAAGGAGUCUCCUGCCUUUAACAGCCGGAGGGCAGCUUUCCCUUUGGAUGAUUUCCUGAGCUUCUGCCAUUUUUGCAAGAAAAAGCUCGGCGAGAAGGAUGAUAUCUUCAUGUAUAGGGGUGAGAAAGCGUUCUGCAGCAGCGAGUGCCGUGACCAAGAGAUUCUUUUUGAUGAGAGAAUGGAAAAACUAACAUCCAACUCGUUUGAGUCUCCGGCACAGGCUCAUUGUCGGGAAAUCUUUGAGGCUGAUUGCUGAGAGGAGCAGCAAUUUUUGGAGUUGGAAAAUCGUUUGAUCUGUUUCCGAGGUGCUGUAUGUGAUUCCUGGCAGCCACGGACAACCUCUAUGUAAAUUCUUUUUUCGUUCGUGUUCCCCUGUGAGAGAGAUUUUGUACUUGGGGCCUGCAGGGAUAGUUUUGUUUUUUCUUCUUUUCUUUUUUUGAAUUAGCCGAUGGAGUUCAGUCGCCAUAUCCACAGAAUUAUGCCGGCAGCUUCAGUUUCUUCAUGCCAAUAUAUGAAAAUGCAGAGAGGAGAGAUUGGAAUCAGAAAAUCAAAUUCAUCUAGUAGGGAGGACACGCCAUGAAUUGUAUUCCGAUGAAGCUUAGUUGAAACGGUGUUUGAUGUCAAAUGGUGAUUAGAGUGGGUACUGUUGGUUCAUAACAGUUUUUGCUAGAUGAUGUAUGAACUACGAAUUUAUCUUCUGUUCCAUCAUAUUUUUAUGAAUAUGAAAUGAAUUUUUGCCCCCA